CGCUGUCAUAGACUGAAAAGGAGUUUAUUACUAACGCAAAACCAUCAGGUGAAGCUGAUCGUCUGAAUUCAUAUUCUGUAGAUAUGGCCUUUUGAAUAAGCGCUAGAGUUGACGUUAUGUUGAAAAUGAGUUACCACAGACGGUUACUGGGAGUGACAUGCCUUUUCGUUGCCGCUAAUAUAGAACUUGUCCAAAGUAAUUUGCAAUGUUACGAAGAAAAGACCCCGGGGAACCUUUUCCAGCGGAUUGGGGCAAAUAUUCCGAGUGAAAUGAAUCACGAGAUGUGUCAAGACGGUUGCACAGCGCUUGAGGAACCGACCGCUGAUAUAGCAGGAAUCACUGAAGGACAUGUAUGCAUCUGUGGGACUUUAGGAGAAAGAACAAUAGAUGAUGUUCUGCAAUCGCUCGACCCAACCUAUUGCAACUUGACCUGCCCGGAGCCGAAUGAAUUGGAACAAUGUGGUGGUCGUUUUGGAAGAUUUACAAUCCUUCAAGACGGAUCAGCUGGACCCUCAUCCCUGAACCUAAACUUCACAAUGGAUGACACCCCCGUCAGUUCGGAAGAUUGGAUAAUGACCUUGAGCGAAUUUGAUUUUGGAAUGGGAACAAGUGAUGAUACGCUGAAGGGUCAAGUUUUCAUCCAAGUUGGAUUUGAAUCGAUGCCAGUUCCUUUGCACACGGAAUCAGAAUCAGUCUCAACUUUCUCUCCACCUGAUCUGAAAUUGCUUGAAUUGGGUUCUCAUAUGGGAACAAACUUGCUCAUAGUGACCGUUGUUGACACCUCUGGUAAAACUACUUUCACUAAAGCAAUGACUUAUGAAUACCGUCCUCCAAUAGAACCAAUUCAAGUGAAUUGCCCUCCUGUGGCUGAGCCAAAUAUCACGUACUCUUGUUCUUUUGCUUACAAGGGAUCUGGCCACGAUCCAGCCAAUACCAAUAUCAAAAUUGGGUACGUUCAAGACGAUGCUCCACCAAAAGAGAUAUCAUUUGGAGGUGUAGGUUCGCCAGAAUAUUUCAAAUUUGGUCAUCCGGUACCUUUUCAAGGGGAUCAUCCUGGGAUAACGUCGAAAAAUGUCCAGCCAGUCGUCCUCUCUAACAGCCGUGUUUCUGUUGUUACCUACAUUUACGGCGUUCACCAUUAUUCGACUUCAGGAGCCUUUACAAUUACUGCUGGCGAAGCAAAUUGUGACGGUUCCAAAAAAUAUAACCCACUGACCGGCUUUUGUGAAGAUAAUCUUGACUGGGAUCUUCUUGAAACGAAUCACAUAUUAGGCUUGGAACAUACUUGCGCCCCAAAUAGCGUUUUCAACUCCAUCUUCAAAAUGUGUGUCAAAGAAUCGUGUGCUGCGCAAAGCCAAUGCAAAGCCACUCCUGACUUGCCUAGCUCAUAUGUACCGGUAGGACCUGAGCAAAUUGUUGAUCUUGUCGGGACCACGAAAAGUUACACUGAGUUCGAUGACCCACUGAUUUUGGCUGCGGGUCAAUGCCUGAUUGUUAGUGGAGAGGUUGGAGUCAUAAGCAACUAUCCCAAUGCAAUUAAAAAACCCGACUUGGCAGCCUCCGAUGGCAGUGUCAACUCUGAUAUUAUUAUGGUCGAGGCAUUUGGGUUAAAACCGGAUUUUAUAGAUUUUGAAAAUAUAUGCUCAGAGUCGAAUUCAACCAUUGGAGCUUACAUGGAAGUGAAUGAAAAGAAAAAAGAAAAUGUCACUCGAUGCCACGACCCCAUCGAGGGAUUUGCUGUAGACUAUGUACCUCUUCAAACUGUACAACUGGAGCAAUGGGCACCUGUAUUGUAUGUGGCAUCUGAGGAAACGAUCACAUUAAAUGUAACAAACACGCGAGGUAACCCUGUUCACACUUUCGUGGAUUGGAACGAUAACGAGACGUCCUCUAACAAUAUUGAUCAAGAAAAUAUGGGUGAUCAGAGGGCUUUCGCAUACACACAUGAUUACUUACGAAAUGGUACCUAUAUAGUUAAUGUAACCUCGUGGAACCUCCAUUCUGAAAGCGUUUAUGGCCACGUUAAAUACUACAACAAUGACACCCAAAUAAUCAUUGUGCAAAAAGAAGUGAAAGAUUGGACAGUUCAUGCUCCUGAUUAUUGGAUAAGGGAUAAUGGCUCAUAUCUGUUUGGUUGGCAAUAUGUUCCUUUUGCGGAACCCAUUACAGACUUACCCUUGCUUCCAACUGACCCAAACUUGAUCUGCACCUGGGGUGAUGGGACUGGAGCGUCUCCCAACGACGAACCAAUAGAUUUCAAUGUUGUUAGAUUGGCUGAUCCAGGAGAUCCAUCUAACCGGACGUAUGUCUUUCAACACGAUUACGAUGACCACGGCGAGUACAAUAUCAGCUGCUUAAUGUACAACAAAGUCUCAAAUCAGACCUUGCAGAAAUCGAUGACCAUUUAUAAUCUGAUCAUGAACUUCACGGCUGCACCUAAAUGGGUUCCCAAUGGAAUGGAUGAAAACAUCGACGAGCCUCAAGAACCUCUGGGUCCUGAUAAAAACCAACUACCACUGGAUCGAAAUGUUACUUUUGUGUUUGACUAUACACAAGGGACCAUUGAGGUCAUCACGUUUUGGAAUCGCACCAACGGAAAUGACACGUUUUUAGGAGAUUACAAUGUAACGGACAAGUUCAAUUGCAAGGAAUUUCGUGUCAAUAUUCCAUUUCGAGAGGAGGGAUUUUAUAACGUCACCGUUCGCGCCAAAAAUGAGCUACAAGAAUCAGAAGAACAUACCGUGACAUUCGAGAUUGUUGGUCAAGUUCGGGGCAUGAUCAUUGACGAUUAUCAGGAAGUCACAAGCAAGGAGGAGGAAAAGUGGCUUUACUUUGAUUUUGAGUCUAUUGGAGCAGGAACGUGUAUUCAUGUGGACUUUAAAGACGGCAUCGUCCAGACUUUUGGAGAUGCCAUGUUUUGCGCCAUGUGGAGGCCUGAUGUGGAAUACGUUCCUGGGGUGGAUAUGAUCAAUCCAAUUGAAAUACCACACGUUUACUAUUCGUUCGGUAUGUAUAAUGUCAGCGCAUGGGCAUCCAAUAUCGUCACAGAAGGGGCUGUGUUCGAUGAUCUAAUGGUAAUCGUUACCAGUGCACCGUGUCGCCCUCCUGACGUUUCCAUUCCUAAGAAUUCGACCUCAAAUUUAGCCCCUCUUGAAUUCUAUCGAUCGAAAUCAAUUACUGUGGGAUCAUUUGCUGUUCUCAAUUGUUCGGAUUUGGUGAGCACUAAGAAAAAGUGGGAGAUCUUUGAAGCAGACGUAAACAUUGUGACUGGGGAAGAAAAACUAACUCUUGUUGAUAUUCUCUCCGUGGCUCCCGACACUUACGACAUGGCUGACUUGAUCAUCCCACCAAGAACAUUGCUUUAUGGCACUUAUAAGCUAAGGUUCUUCUCCAGAAUGUGGGAUUACGGGGAUGAGGAUCCUUUGUGGACUAGAAAAUUGCCUUUUGAGAGAGAUGCAUUUUCUUACAUCGCAAUAACCCCUACCCCUCUAGUUGUUAGCUUGGUUAAAGGUUCCUUGAGUUACGUCACUCGUGGAUCCAAACAACUUUUGACCCUCACACCUCAUCUCUAUUCGUAUGAUCCCGAUUUUCCUCAAGACAAGGAGAAAGGCAUGGAGUUUCGAUUUUUCUGCCGCAAAGCAAAUAGUUCAGAAGUUUACCCGAUGAAUACUAACGGAACAGAGUUUAGCACAGCAGAUCCUGUGGAGAUUCCUACCAAAAAGCAGCCAAACAUUAGAGGUGGAUGUUUUGGAACAGGACCAAAUGCUCUUGCUACUACAGAACCAAUCCUGUCCAUCAAAUCUGAGGUAUUUAUUUCAUUCGAUCAGACAUAUGAAAUCAGGCUGGAGGUUCGCAAAGAUGUUCGAGUGUCCGUCACGAAGCUAUUGGUUCAUGUCACUGAAGGAUUACCACCUAUUAUGGAUAUUUUUUGUGCCGAUCCAACGUUGUGCUUCGCGGAUGAAUUGGGUAACAUUUAUGUCAAUCCUACCACGAGAUUGGCAAUCAAAGCGGCUUGUUCUAUUGCCGAUGGUUCUAAUUGUGAUGGACCUCUGUCAUACCAAUGGGAUGUCUUUGAUGAAAAUGGGGUUGUGAUUGAUUACUCCACCAUGAGCUCGCAUUAUGUAUCUGAGAACAAAGGCAUUGAGGUAGCUCUUAAACAAUCCUUUUUCACAACCGUUGUUAAGAACAAAGAUCAAUUUAUGAUGGGAAUCACAGCCACAAAUGGCUAUCUUGUCUCAGGCAUAUCCAAAGUGUUUUUUAAGAUCAACAAGUCUCCCACUUGCGACGAUACUACAUUGGACUGUGGAUGUGACGUAUCUCCAAACUAUGGAAUUUCCCUUAUCGACGAAUUUACCGUCUUUUGUUCAGGAUGGAUGGAUCCAGAAGAUCGAAACAUUGAUCACUACACCAUAUAUUCUGAAAGUGUAACAGGGAAGCGAAAUCCGUUACUUAAAAUCCAAGAAUUCAAACCCGACGAAGGAGAAACAAUUCAAUUGAGCGUUGGCGUUCAUAGGAUUGUGGUGGAAAUUGUCGACGAAUGGGGAGCCAAAACGUUUUACAAACUUACAGACAAUGUUGUGGUUGAUUCCCCUGGUCCAGCUGAUAUUCCUGGCCUUUUUGACCAAGAAACCCUUGAGGCUUUAAAAGGCAAAGGAGACACUAAAACAAUGCUUAUGGUACUCCAAGCGCGGAGUCAAAUUCUUGAAGAUGCCGAUGAAAAUCUUGUGAUCGAAAAUUCUUUAUUGCCUGGCUUAACUGCACCUAAGACAGAAAAGGAAAAGGCUUUUUCCAUCGCAGAACAAAAGGGAGAGCUCAAAAUCGAAUCCAUGCAAACUUUGAUAGAGGCAACGGGCAUUUCCGUGACAGAUUUGUCGACUGCCGAAAUCAUGGCUUCAACAAUCGAGGCCAUAGUGGGUAAUGCUCCGGACGAGGGACAACAUUCUGACAUCGGAAUGGAGCUAGCCCAAAAGGCUUCAAGCGCCAUUCAACAGCUUAUCAACGAAGUCGUAGAAAUGCCCAUUGCUGAUCCAGACAGCCUUACUGCAACCAUCGAGUCCGUCAUGGCCACAAUGGGACGAUUAUUAUCGGAAACCAAGAAAACUGGGGCCCUAAACAAUGACUACCAGGCUCCAAGUGAGGGUGAUGGGACUGAUCAGGAAGAUGGAGCGGACAGUGGAGGAAUGUGCGACGGAAUAAGUCCCAUCAAUCUGAAAAGUGCAGGAAAGUCCGGGGUCAUUGAAUAUGAGACGUAUGUUGAUGAAGUGGAAAUGAAUAUCGCGAGUGACCCCGAACAACAAAAAUGCAGCGGCGUGAUAGAUGCAGCCAGAGUCCAAGAGGAAUUGAUUGGAAAAACGGUCAUGGAAGUCAUGAAAAAAUCGGCCUUAAAGGUUCUUCAGACGUUAGUUGUGGACGAGGAAAGAAUCAUCGAAAAGGGUCCUUUGACCAUUUACUCAAAAAUGAUUCCUGGACCCAAACUAAGCGACUGGCACGUGGUAGGUUUUAAUGAAGAAACGGAUCCAAAAUAUCAGUUUACCAAAAACUUUUGCUUGGGGGAUUUGGUUAAUGGUACUUGUCAAACUCCUGCCGGAGUAGCAGCAAUUUCAUACAGCGUCAACCCUCUUUGCAAUGUUCAAACCUGUGAUCGCUUGUCACCAGACACGAAAAUUCUCGACAUGCAUAUGACCAAUCGAGAACUGGUCGAAUUGAAAAUAUCGAAGGUGUAUGAUGAAAAUAGCGACGAAGGGAUCUUUCUUGACAUUCCCCGCCUCAACGAUACUCGAACCCCAUUACCGAAUAGCACGUAUUGGAAUGCUCCACACGAAUCAAGCGUGUCCCGUUUCAAAGUCAUCACAUUUCUCGUCGAAAUAGGCAAGGCUGACUCGUCCUUGACCGUCGAAUACUUUCCCGAGGGUGUUGAUGAUGAUUCCAAUGUGACUUUUUUCUUGGAUUUUGAAAGACUGCCUACCGUUAAGAACUAUUCCUUCGCAGUGACAGCUAGGCGACUCCCUUGGAAUGGUAAUGGAGAGUUUCGAUAUCUUUAUUUGGGCAACGAGGAGAUCAGGAACAGAACUGGCCGAUGGUUUCUUAUGGCCAUGAAUCUGACUGAAGAAGUGAACGCUACAGAAUUGAAGUCUAGGACAUCAAUUGAUCGUUCCAAGAUACAUCACUUCACUUCAACGUUUAGCCUUCGAACUUGGACCUCUGGGUGUUACUUCUAUGAACCCAAAGCCAAAGCUUGGGUGGCAGAUGGGGUCAAAGUCAAGAAGGCAUUUUAUUCCAGGACUGCUUGCAGGUCAUCUCAUUUGACUGCUUUUGGGGCCGGAUUUUUUGUCGUGCCUCAAACGCUGGACUUUGAAUUCAUAUUUGCCGAGAACAGUUUCGAAGAUAACAUGACAAUUUAUAUGGCCGUCAUUGUCACAUUUACUAUCUAUAUCAUCUUAUUGAUAUGGUCCAAAUUUCAAGAUAUGAAAGAUGAAAAGCAUCUUCGUUCGCGCCCGCUCGUGGAUAACAAUCCUAAGGAUCAUUACCUAUACGAGAUUUUAGCUUUUACUGGCCAAUGGCGGGAAUCCUCUUGUGACUCUCUUGUCCAAAUUGUUAUCACUGGCGAUGACGAACAAACUGCGGUACGAACCCUGGAUCCUGGCUGGAAGGAUACAUUGCGCAAAGGCUGUGUUGAUAGCUACAUCAUGCGAAGCCCAAGACCUUUGGGUGACUUGCAAUAUGUGCGGGUGUGGCAUGACAACACGGGUCGAGGGAAUUAUGCCUCGUGGUAUUGCACAGCCGUUUUGAUCCGAGACGUUCAGACUAACCAACAAUGGGAGUUUUUAGCCAACCGUUGGUUAGCCGUUGAAAAAGAUGAUGGACAGAUUGAGCGACUCAUUCCUGUGUCAGCCGACGAGGAUCGUCGAAGCUUCAAUCAUCUCUUUAACUAUACCGUGGAACGCGGGAUCCGUGAACAUCACAUUUGGUUGUCCGUGUUUCUACGGAAUGAGCGCAAUCGGUUCACCCGAGCCCAACGGGUAACCACAGGAAUGGCUAUGGUCUAUUUGGGCAUGCUCGUCAACGCCUUGUGGUACUUUUCCACCCCAGAGAAGCCAAUUGACGGAUGGAGAAUUGGCCCACUGAUCUUGAGCUGGACUCAAUUACUAGUCGGAUUAGUGUGCAACCUCAUUGCACUGCCACCUAUUUUGUUGGCGAUUUUCAUGUUUAGAAAAUCCCGUCGCCGUGUUUUACGACGUAAUAGGGUUCAACUCGCUUUGGAGGAUGAAGACGAGGAUUUCGACGCAUCGCUCCCAAUGAAUGGAGACCCAAACGACCAAGACAGUGGAAACGAUUCCGAUAUGGAAGACAUGGACCAGAGGCCCAAUUCAGGUUCAUCUGGCGCACCUUUUCACGAAGUGGCAAUGAAAGAUGAACUAGAAGAUUUGGUCCAGGGUUAUGAUUUAGAUCCGGAGGGAGAUCAACAUUCCAAUAAUGCCCCAGACCCAGAUGCAGAAAAGGACUUUGAUCAAGGCCACGAUGUGGAACAAGAUCUAGAAGAGGUCAAUGCUAGAACGUCAAAUGGUGUUACCGGCGAGCCAAACAAUGAAAGCUCCAUUAGGCAUAACUCUGUUGAUAUUGAUGGAAAUUACAUGGAAAGCAAUUCCGAAAUCCAUCCGAGGCGCACGAAGUUUCACAUUCAUUGGGUUUUCAAAUACGUGUCAUGGACGCUCUGUUUAUUAAUGAUCUUUUUUGGCGUCUUCUUCUUGUGGGCUUUCGCUAUCCAGUUCGGCAAUGAUGUGACCUAUCAAUGGCUUUCAUCCAUGCUCGUGACAUUCUUUACCAGUGUCGUAUUACUUGAUCCCUUUAAGGUGGUCUUAAUCACAAUGAUAGUGGCCUGUAUUGUUAAAGAUAUCGACUUAGAUGACGACGACGUGGAUGAAGAUGAAGAAAUGGCGGUUGUGGCCAAUCAAUCGCUCUGGUAUCGAAAAGGCAAACCCUUGAGAAGUCAUGAAUUGCACCCUAUUGAUGAAGUGUUCUUGGAAAAAGUUAGGAAACACCGCCAAAAAGAGGUUGAAAUGUGGGCUGUUGUCAGGGAGCUGAUGGCGUAUUCGUUCUUCAUCAUAAUCAUUUACAUCAUCUCCUAUGGCAAUCGUGAUCCCAACUCUUACCGAAUGCAGCAGGUUCUUCAGAGCAACUUUGUGGACAAGAAUAAUUUCGACCAAAUUGUCUCGUCCAAUGAUUGGUGGGAUUGGGCUCACUCUACGAUUGUUGAAGAACUACGCGCUCAGCCUUAUUACAACGGGCAAACUCCUUUCGGUCUUCGCGGCUUCAUUGGUGAUAAAGUCCACCGAAUCAUGGGCUAUGGUAUAUUGAGACAAGUCAGAGUCGUUCCCAAUUCUUGUCGAGUCGAUAAAAGGAUCUUCAACAUAACUCAGGAGUGUGCCCAGGCCUCAGCCUUCAUCGAUGAAGAUCAUAAGGACUAUUGCAACGCAUGGGCGGAAUCAACGGCUCUCACCAUGAAUUUGCCAUCAUGUCAAAAUGAGGCCUUCAAAUAUGUGGAUGCUGAAACUUUAGACUCCUUACCUUACAACGCUGGGAUGGAUCUUUAUGGUGGUGGAGGAUAUGUGCAUCGUUUGAACAAGGGCAACGAUCGAAUUAAAGAAGACCUCCUUGAAUUGCAACAACAGCAUUGGGUGAACAACCACACUCGAGCAGUAUUUCUUGAGUUCUCCGUCUACAAUGCCAAUGUGAAUUUGUUUGGCAUUGGCACAAUCGUGGCAGAAUUCCUCCCAGGGGGUGGAAUCCGGCCCUACAGACGGUUUGAGAUUGUUCGACUGCUACACCAUCACGAAGCUACCGGCGAGUUCAUCUUGCUUUGCGAAAUCAUCUUUGUUCUCUAUAUCCUUUACUAUAUUUACGAGCAAUUGAUAUUGAUGAAACGACUGGGCAAAAAAUACCUGUCGUAUUGGACUCUCGCAGAUUGGUCGAUCAUCAUCUGCGCCUUCAUUGCCAUCUUCUUUUAUGUGUCUCGGUAUCUCUUGACCAACGAGAUCUUGAACACCUUUCAAGAGACCAAGGGCAAUGGCUACAUGAAACUCCAAUACGUGGGCGUUAUUGACGAGCUGUACGGCUACUCAAUCGGACUCAUCCUUUUCGUGGCCACAAUCAACUUUAUUAGGCUCCUCCGUUUCAACAACCGAUUCGCCAUGCUAUUGCUUACCUUGAAGGCUUGUUGGGAUGACUUGACUGGGUUCUUUUCGGUUUUCUUCCUGGUUUUCCUGGCCUUCGUUCAGGUUUUUUACAUGAUCCUGCAUUCGUUCAUGCCCGAGUUUCAUAGCAUCACAGCCGCUUUGGAGACUUGUUUCACCAUGUUGCUGAACAAAUUCAAGUUUGGAAGCAUUCGAGAGACCUCGUUGACCGCGGCGGUCAUGUUCUUCUGCUUUGCCAUCUCAUGCUCGUUCAUCUUGAUCAACGUUAUGCUUACAAUUAUAAUGGAAGCUUAUGAAGAGGUUCGAAAUCAGUUGGAAGAACAAGGCAACAAAUAUGACAUUUUGGACUUCUUAUUCAGUAAAACUUCCCAGUUCAUCGGACUCGAGGCAUUGCCUCCGAAAGAAUCAGUUUUGACUAAAGAUCGCCAAGGGGUUUUAACCAACCAAGAAGAACAAGACGAAGGAACUGAAGAUGAAGAAGGCGCCGAUAAAAAUGUGACAGAACUUCCUCAGAAAGUGGAACUUUUCCUCAACUACAUCAACGAUGUGUAUUUUCAAGGAGAACUGGAUACAGAGAGCAAGCAUUUGCUCAAAAAAGAAUUAGGAAAAGGAGAGGAUAACGAUAUCGAACCCAACGAUCAACUUGUAUAUGGUUCAAAUGAAGCCCCUAUUUGUAAUCGUCGGAGAAUUGUGGUCGGAUGAGCGAAAACGAAUUGAUGAAUAUGAACGCGGUUUAUGAGCAUCUUAAAACUCAUAUGACAAACCAUGAACGGACGCGAACAUACCUUAAAUUUCUGUUGGUUUACCUGAUUCUAUGACGUAAAUAAUAGCAUGUACCUCUGCGUGCUCACCUUUUAGUUUAAAUCAAGUAUUAAAUUCCGAGUGCAAUGUUCAAAAA